GAGACCAGAUAUAGUGAAUGCAGGGUCUGGGGAGACCAGAUAUAGUGAAUGCAGGGUCCAGGGAGAGCGGAUAUAGGGAAUUCAGGGUCCGGGGAGACCAGAUAUAGUGAAUGCAGGGGUCCGGGGAGACCAGAUAUAGUGAAUGCAGGGUCCGGGGAGAGCAGAUAUAGUGAAUGCAGGGUCCGGGGAGAGCGGAUAUAGUGAAUGCAGGGUCUGGGGAGAGCGGAUAUAGUGAAUGCAGGGUCCGGGGAGACCGGAUAUAGUGAAUGCAGGGUCCGG